AUGGGAGCAGACAACGUCACGACAAUUCGCUGGGGGAUUAUGGCAACGGGGGAGAUUGCCAAACUCUUCGUCAAGGACCUCCUCAUCGACCCGGCCACGCAGCUAUUUAUUCAGCAGAAUAUCACACCGGUAAUGUCAAGAGAUAUCAGCUGCACGGCAUACGGAUCAUACGAGGAGUUGGUCACAGACGCCAACGUGGACGUGCUGUAUAUUGCAAGCCCGCACUCCCACCAUUACCAAAACUGCAUGCUAGCACUCGAAAACUCCAAGGCGAUCCUUUGCGAGAAGCCCCUCACGGUGAAUGCAAAACAGGCGAAGGUGCUCUACGAAACAGCCCAGCGUCAGAACCUCUUCUUGAUGGAGGCGGUUUGGACGCGUUAUUUCCCUCUCAGUACUGCGGUGCGCCAAUACAUCCGAGACGGCCUGAUUGGCGAAGUGCUGCGCGUCUAUGUAGACAAUUCUACCGGGGUGGACAUUUCCAAUCUGAGCUCUACCCACAGGUACCUAGACAAGGAGCUAGCUGGAGGUGCUCUGUUGGAUAUUGGUAUUUAUCCUUUGAUAUGGGUCUUUCAGACACUAUAUCAUACGCGAGAGAAACAUCAGCGACAGAAGCCAAGCCAAGUCGUGAGUCUGCUCACAUACGAAAAGUCUUCCCGUACCGACCAAAUGGCAUCGGUUAUGGUGGAGUUCCCAUCCUCGACACCAUCGGGAACCUCUGUGGCCCACGGCAUUAUGUCUACCUCAAUGAUACUUUCGAAUGACGCAGACGGAAAAGGGUCGUCAGGUACCGCAGUGCGCAUACAGGGGCUGGAGGGGGAGAUCCAGAUCCUCGGCCCUGUUCACCGGCCGGAGUCCGUGAAGAUUAUCCGCAAAGGGGAAUGCAGGACGGUCCAUUUUGAGAUUCCGGCUGGCGGCCAUGGUAUGUACUGGGAGGCUGAUGAGGCCGGACGGUGUAUUCGGGACGGCAAGAUUCAGAGCGAAGUCAUUCCGUGGGACGAAUCGGUGGCCAUCAUGGAGGUGGUGGAUGAGAUCCGGGCACAAGCGAAUUAUUCAUACCCUGAGCAGAUUGAAUCGACGGAGUAUCCCCUUAGUUUAAAGAAGAAGGCUCUGUGA